AUGCCCAAGUUCACACCAACUAAAGAGACCGCCAAUCUUCCAUACAGAAACUCUUCUCUUUGCGUAGAAGACCGUGUAGAUGACCUUCUUUCUCGCAUGACGAUAGAGGAGAAGGCUGGUCAGAUGUUCCAAACCCUCUUACUCUCCGGACCCAAUGGGACCCUUGAGCAAGCGACACCGGAAAUGAACAGCUCUGGCUACAUGAUCACCACUCAGCUGAUGACACAUUUCAACCUCGCCAUCCAAAUUGAGGAUCCCAGGGCCGCUGCGGUAUUCACCAACAGAGUCCAGGCUCAUGCUUUGGAAACCAGACUUGGCAUCCCAGUUACUAUCUCGACUGAUCCCCGACAUGCUUUCACGGACGACAUCCGCACAGGCUUUCAAGCCGCUGGAUUCUCGCAAUGGCCAGAGACUGUUGGUCUAGCAGCUAUCCGUUCGGCUGACUUGGUACGCAAGUUUGCUGAAAUUGCGCGGGAGGAAUAUCUUGCUGUCGGUAUCCGAGCUGCACUCCAUCCACAAGUCGAUCCUGCCACUGAACCCAGAUGGCCCCGAAAUCGCAAUGGCUUUGGUGAAAACGCGACGCUCACGGCUGAACUUCUGACUGCGUACAUCAAGGGGUUCCAAGGCGAUACCUUCGGCCAUCAGUCAGUAUCCACUGUCACCAAGCACUUUCCUGGUGCAGGUUCCGCAUCUAAGGGCCACGACGCCCAUAAUCGGUUUGGCAUGAAUUCAACGUAUCCCGGACAUAACUUCGAUUAUCACCUGAUUCCAUUCAAGGCUGCGAUCAAAGCUGGUGCCAGACAAAUGAUGCCGUACUACAGUCGUCCCGUGGGAAUUGAGUACGAUGCUGUUGGCUUUUCUUUCAAUAAAGCAAUCGUUACGGGACUUCUCAAAGAGAAACUUGGAUUCGAGGGUGUUGUUCUUACGGAUUGGGGUUUGAUUACAAACACCGUUGUGCAAGGAAAACCCUGGGUGGCCAAAGCUUGGGGCGUUGAGUACCUUUCUGAGCUUGAACGGGCUACAAGGGUCAUUAAUGCUGGAUGUGAUCAGUUUGGAGGAGAAGCACGUCCCGAAUUGGUUGUCGAACUUGUUAAGAAGGGUAUCAUUUCGGAAUCAAGGAUCGACCAAUCAGUUCGUAAACUUCUACGGGAGAAGUUCCUACUCGGACUCUUUGAUCACCCCUUUGUGGAUCCCGAACAGUCCAGGUUGAUUGUAGGCAAUCCGUACUUCCGUCGUGUUGGGCUCGAGACUCAAAGAAAGUCCUACACACUACUCACCAACAAAAACGACAUCCUUCCCCUUAGACAUCUGAGCAAGAAAACCAGGUUUUAUGUGGAAGGAUUUAACAGUUCUUUGAUCAAAGCCAGGGGCUUCCAGGUUACGAACAAACCCCACCAAGCCGACUUUGCAAUUCCACGCCUCAAGGUCCCCUCAGCGCCAGCGGACCCAAUUGAGUUGGGCACAGAUCUAGAGUCUGGUAGCUUGGAAUAUUUCAGCAAGGAGAAACAGCGGCAAGCAAAGGUCUUCCGCGCAGUCCCUACUAUUGUGGAUAUCAAUUUUAAUCGCCCAGCUGCAGUACCUGAAGUUGCGGCGGAGGCGAAGGCAGUCUUUGCUAGCUAUGGUAGUAGCACAGAUGCAUUCCUGGAUGUUGUUUUCAAUGUUGAUGGUGCGGAACCCGAGGGGAAACUUCUAUUCGACCUCCCGCGGAGCAACGCUGCUGUGGAUGAGUCAUUUGAGGAUGUGCCUUUUGAUACUAAGGAUCCGGUGUUUCGCUUUGGGCAGGGGCUUUCUUACAAGGGAACAUGUAAACAAUGA